AUGCACGAAUUCAAAGGCCAUGUCGAUAAUGUGCGCAAAGAAGCGAUUCAGUAUCUACAAGAACAAGGCUUCUUCAAUGUCAAUUCGAGUGCAAGUAGUCUCAGCAACGAGAUCGCACCAAUCUUCGCUCGCGACCGGUUCAUUGGCGUCUCACAGAACAUGUACGAAAGCAUGAGGCCUGCUCUGCAACUUGCGAGUCGAUUUGUGGGAGACGAACGAGUUCUCGACUACUUCUGGCAUCAGAUGAGAAGCAGGACACUACCUUCCCAGACCUUCGUAGGAGACGCCCCGCCCCCACUAAUUUACGUUUCAAACUAUCGGCUAGUAGAGAAAUCCGCCUUGAUGGCCGAAUGGAGGGAGAAACUGGACAACCUAACUAGCGUUUUGACUUGGAAGGUGCAAGAAUCCGACCGUACACCGACAGACAUGGAUUUGGGGUUAACCUUCGCUUUUGAUGAACUCCGAACAACCUUCUCAGACCGCACGACCAAUAACAAGACUUACAACGAGAUUCUAAGACUUUGCAAUUGGCGUGAAGCCGAUAGGAGCGCCAAGAACCUUGGACCCCAAUUCCUUCUCGCCCACGUCUUGCUCCACGAGUUGGCCCACUGUCUCGACAAAUUUCCGACCUUCACGUGCAACGACCCCCGAGGUCUAUCGAUGGAAGCUUUUGCUAGCUAG